CCAAAUGUGGAUAUCAUGCUAUCAAUUUGUUUGCAAAGUGAUCUACCAACAGGACAAAGUGUGAAAACAGGGAUUCCAACACAAGUACAAAGUGGGAAAGCAGGAAUUCAAGCACAAUUACCAGCUGGUUCUGCUCCUGCUACAAGUGAACUUUCUGGUUCAAGUCUUACCCUGUUCCAAGUGGCAUAUCUUGGAAACCAGGAAGUAAUAGACAAUAUGGGAAAAGGAAGGAACCAGACAGGCAAGACGAUGAUGAUACUACAACUGUCCGAAGUCAACCACUUCCACGAGAUGCUUUCCGGAUACGACAGUAUCAGAAAGCUCGAGCCAGCAGUGCUUCACAAACAGGAUCAGUUUCAUAUGGAAACGCAUUUUCUGGUGAUUUAUCUGGCAGCACUGGCUGAUAAAAUUAAACUAUUUCUUGGAGGCGUAUGUACAUUAAAAGUCCUUCCUUGAGCUCAUAUAGCUGUCCUUUUGCUCAGACCCUUAUAGAUAAGUUGUGAACAUCAUGUAUAUUCAGGUUCGUGCCUCUUCCAUUAUCAUGCUUCUUAAAAUUAUUUGACAAGGCAAAAGGAGUGCAAUCUUUACUCUUGGGAGGUUAAUACUUCAAAAAGAGCUGGGAAUCGCAUGGAAGAAUACUUGUCACUGAAGUGCUGGAGUAGAGACUGGUCUUUCUAAAACUAGUUUUCUCAUGCAGGAAUGUAACAUUUUUUUAAAUGUUUUACAAUAAGAUUUAUUUUAUGUAUUUAUAUUUUGCUA